CCCUGAAAGGAUGACCAGAAUAAGUGGUGUUCACAAGGAUUCUUGACCAUGGGGGUGGGCGCAGGGAGUUCUUGGACAUAUUCCUUGGCUGUCUAGGAGUAUGUUCCCAGGCGUGGAACUCUGGGAUCCUACGGUAGAUUGUUGGUUGGGAGCAUAGGAGCUAACAAAUGCCGGUGAGGACACGGAGAACAGGGAACCCUUGGACACCAUCCGUGGGAAUGCACACUGGGACAAGUCACUGUGCAACACAGUAUGGAGGGUCCCACAGUCUAGAGAUGGACCAACGCACCAAACAGUGCCGUGCGAAAGAAAAGAGCAAGCGUUCCGUGAGACAAACGAAGAAUACUCUGAAAGAAGGCUGCAGAGUCAUUGGAGAGAAAGGCCCGAAAGGCCUCACUGAGGGGGACAGUGCUGAGGACAGAAUGAAAACAAGGGAGCUAGUCCCGCACAAGUCUGGCUGCCCUGUGUCAUGAAGAGGGAAGGCACCUCUGCCUUAGAGCCUCACUACCAGAAGCCGGGUUGGCCAGAGGACAUGAAAGAGGCAUCCAGUGUGGCUGGAGAGCAACUGGGAGCAGAGCAGAGGGUAGUGAGGAAGGCAGGGACAGGGCCUCAGGCCUGGGAGACAGGUAGCGAUCUCUUGUCCCUCUGCAACGGCAUUGCCCCAAUACCCUGCAUCUUCAAAUGCAUGGACUGAAUGCCCCACAGUUGUUGCAGAAGAGGAAUGGAGGCACAAUUUCGCAUGCUUCCUCCACAUCACCAUACUUGUGAGCCCGUGGUUGUGACUGAGGCUGGACUAGCAGAGGAUUUUCCCCACCUUAGCACCCAUCAUUCGGGGAGCCAUUCAACUCAGAAUCUGAGUUUCUGGGCGCAUGUUGGCCUUGCCACUGCCUCCGUUCCUGGCACUGUGAGCCUCGAUGGAUGGCAGCCCCAACCAUCUGGGCAUGCUUUUCGCUUCACAGUCCGAGAAGAAAAGGGGAACAAGGGAGAAGUGGACCAUGAGCAAAGAAACUAGGAAGUGCGAAACUCCUUGCCUGACAUCUAGAGAAACACGAGGCAUGCUAUUUCAUCCCGUUGAGGGCGCUGGGCCCACGGGAGCCCAGAGCCAGAGACAUUACUGCAGUUGCAGACAGCGCUUCAGCCCUCUUUUCCGAAGCUUCUGGUCAUGGGGCCGGAGACACCAACAGAGCUGCACCCCAGAGACUGUGAAUGAGCUGGCUGGGGACUUCAACGACUCCAACUCGCUGGACAAGGGUCAGGUGUCCCAGGAUCAGUGCUGCUCUGAGGCAUCAUCCCUGUCCCCGGACGAGGCCUGCACGAUGCUGGCGCUCAGAGAAGGCGCAGUGCAGAGAUGGGGACACUCCCUGCUGCUAUCCUUCCCGGAUAGAAGCCUCUCAAACGUCACCACCAUGUGCUCCAUCUAUCAGAUGUUCACGUCAGCCCAGCAGGUCCUGGAUCAGCAGUUCCCUAGCACUCUGUGUCCCAUCUUGGGAACCUGGCCUGAGCAGACAUGGCAGGAUAUCGGGCAGUCCCUGCACACUGCCCAUGUGGAGGUCAAGGGGGCCUAUGUGCACGUCACGUGGCAUGACCGGGACCUGAACACCCAUGCCCCCGUUCCGCUGAGGCAGCGGGAACUUCUGCAGCUCACAGAGGCUGAGGCGGAGGCAGCUGAGCCGGCCAAAGAGCCUCCCAUGGAGCGAGAGGCAACCCUGGCUCUGCAUCAGCCAUCACCUUCAGGGUCCGAGCCAGCCUCCCCUCCACCGGCUGCUCCAGAACUGGAACAGGGGCUCCUACGUUACGGAUGGUCGCCGGGUCCUGAGGCACAGACGGCUGGGCCAUCGGCUUGCCUGGGAGUUUGCACGCCAGCUGUCUCAGGUGCCACUGAGCCCACUCCAGCCGCAGAGGCAUCCUGCCAACCCAAGAAGCGGCUCAAAGAGAAGGAGCCUGACCUCCUGGACUUCCCUCCCAAGCUGGUGGCAGAGCAGCUCACCUACAUGGAUGCGGUGAGCAGCUGGGCCCCCAGGGUAGGAGGGCAGGGCCGGCUUGUCUUCUGCUCUCCGCUGCCCUAUACCGGCUUUUCCCUGAUGUGGACUCCUAGGAUAUAGGGCCAGAUCUCAGCUGCAGCCCUAACCGACCGGGGAAACCCAUCAGGGUUUUUAGACCUGAGCUUUCACUGUCCAGCUGCGGACUGUGGACACAGACACUGAGAAGGACUGAGGCAGAGGUACCACGCAGAUGCAAUGAGUCAGAAGCGAGAGCCCGUACAUGGGAAGGCUCUGGUCCCCCGCGGGGAGGAGGGCAGCUCCCUGUGUGCAAUCCCGUCCAUGGGCCGCCCACCCAUCUGCCUGGGAGCCUGAGCACCAUCAACCUGGCUUAGGCAUCUGAUGCGUCCUGAAGGACAGCCUAGACACGGAAAGCCAUGCUUUCAGCCACCAGGUGACAAUGGGCACCUGAAAGGAGACAGGGACCGCAGGGAUGAGCAUUUGGAGGAGGAGAUGCCCCCUUGGGAGCACCACCUGGAGCGGCCCCCUGGACAUGGAAUGAUCAGGGUGCACACGCCUUCCUCCCUUCCCUUGCCUCUCUUGGCUCCUGGGGCAUCCCGCACUGGCUUCCCUCGGAGAAGAAGAGGGGCAUGAAAUCCAGGCUCUCUAAGCAGGCUCCGGCCACAUUCGCAGCCUCCUGAGCUCCAGCUCUGACCUGGGACCCCUCCCGAGGACAUGAGUCUUGCAUGGGCGAACAUGUGUGGGGCUCAACACACCUCCCCCUGUCCCCUAGGAG